GCGCUGCCCCCCCCCCCCGGGACACUCGCCGCCGGUGCGCGUUCGGGCGCCAUGUUCGCCGUGAAACGGAACGCCGUGAUCGGCUUCAACCUCUACUGCGGCAGCGGGAGGCCGGGGCUGGCGCCCGGCUCGCCGGCGGGGAGCGGCCCCGCGCCGCCGCCGCCGCCAUCAUCAGCGGCGUCGUCGUCCUCGGCGGCCGCCGCUGAGGGGACGCGGGCCGCCAACGGCCGCGCUGAGGUACCCCGCGCGCUGAUUGGCCCGGCGGGGGCCCCCCGCGCGCUGAUUGGCCCCGCGCCGCGGCCCGCCGCGCUGUGGAGCCCCGAGCAGGAGCUGGACGGCUGCGAGCCCGAGGCCGAGCGCGGCGGCGGCGGCGGCGCGGUGGCGGUGGCGGCCGGCGGCGGUUCGCUGCCCGCCUCGCCGCCCGGCACGCCGCCCGCCGCCGAGCAGAGCCCCGACGAGCUGCGGCGCGACUCGCUGGAGCUCAUCAGCCGCUACCUGCGGGAAGCGGCGGGCGAAAUCGAGCCCGGCGUCAAGAAGUUCUUCCCGGGCCUGUUGGGCGGCCCGGGCCGGCCCGGCGGGGCGGGAGACGGCGUCAUGGAGAAGGCGCUGGAAACGCUGCGGCGGGUCGGCGACGGCGUCAUGCAGAAGCACGAACUCGCCUUCCAAGGAAUGCUGCGGAAGCUGGAACUCAAGAAGGAAGAAGACCUGCAGUCAGUGCGUGAGGUGGCAGCCCAUGUUUUCAGUGAUGGAGUAACAAACUGGGGUAGAGUUGUGACACUCAUCUCAUUUGGUGCCUUUGUUGCAAAACACCUGAAAAGCAUAAACCAGGAGAAGUGCAUCAGUUCAUUAGCAAGGAUCAUCACAGAUGCUCUUGUCUCAUCUAAACGAGAGUGGCUAAUGAGCCAAGGAGGCUGGGAGGGCUUCGUUGACUUCUUCCGAGUAGAGGAUCUAGAAGGAAGCAUCAGAAAUGUACUGAUGGCUUUUGCAGGAGUUGCUGGACUGGGAGCAAGCUUGGCCUACAUGAUACGGUGAGCCAUGGUGUGCAGUGGGAUGACAAAACUCUAAGCAGGCUGGCUCUGUUUGGAGCUAGUAGGCUGAUCACUUCCUCCUGUGAGUACUUACGAAGCUGUACUUGAGUGACCCAAGGAGAACAUCUAGGCAUCCCCUGAGCAAUUCUUUCCUAAGAAAGAAGGUGUGAUCCAGUCGAUUGUGAGUACCAACGAGGAUUUAUUGCUUUGGGAACAGAAAAUGAAGAAUCCAUGUUCUGCUUCCUUCAAGAGCAUCACGAAAGAAAGCUAAAGUGGACUGCUUCAAAGUUUUACCUCUGAGGGAACAGAUCUGCUUAGCAAGCCAGUGAGCACCAGCAGCUUUUGUCCUGGACUGAAGCCUCCUAGGUUUGGCAUGGCGGCUGCCUGUGCAGUGGAUGCUUCAGAGUUGUGAUUUUAGGUUUCCGGAAAUAGCAUCUUCUGCUGCCAUU